UAUAUUUAGAAUGAGUUUUUUUUUUUUUUUUUUUUGUAACAGAAAGCUAUCCUAAUAUUUUGAUUUCCAGUAAACUAAUUAAAAUAUAUGGUUUGUCAUUUUUAUGUCUAAUAUUACAUGUUAAAGGGUGAUUGUGACACAGCACACUAUUAAUUUUCUUCCAUAGAAAACUACACAAUGAACCUCAGAGCACAGGCACUUUCUUUCUUUACAUCUAAACUAUGCCAUUGAACACAAAUGUUGACUGAUUUGGUUGAGUAUAAGGCACAACUAAUCUACUUUCCUGUUAAGCUCAACAACUUCAUUAUCACCUAUGUCUCAACCACUCCAACACAUUGUGUGUUCCCUCCUAUAUAACACUAAGACAUGCGUUGUACUUCACAUCCUCUCAUAAAACUCAAUACCAUAUAGAAGAAAUGGCGUCUACCUACGAAACACUUAGAAAUAAGAUGCCUAUGGGAUCACUAACUGCAGCUUACCUUGCAAUUUUGCUUGCCUGUGCAAAUUUGGCAAUAACUGUUGCAGCAGUUGACCCCAUUGCAGCCACCGGGAAAGAACCUGUUAUUGAGCUAUAUAUGCACGACAUUCUGGGGGGUAGUAACCCAACAGCUCGACCAGUGACCGGCUUGCUCGGAAGCAUAUACAGUGGUCAAGUACCCUUUGCAACGCCAGUAGGAUUCAACACACCUCAAGGUGCGAUUCCCAUCCCCAAUGCCAACGGCGCUAACCCCACUGUCAAUGGAGUUUUUGGUAUUCCACUAGGAACUGGAUUGGCGGGUACUUCAUUUGCACCAAACUCAGGUAACAACAACAACAACCAAAACAUUGCCCAGCUGCAGUUAGGACCUGAUGGACUGGGACUAGGCUUUGGUACAAUUACUGUUAUUGAUGAUAUGCUGACCUCUCAACCUGAAGGAGGGUCCCAACUAGUUGGGAAGGCUCAAGGAGUAUAUGUGGCAAGUUCAGCUGAUGGGACUAGACAGAUGAUGGUUUUUACAGCCCUGUUUGAAGGAGGGGAAUAUGGUGAUAGCUUGAACUUUUAUGGCCUGUAUAAGAUAGGAAGCACCAUGUCAAGAAUAUCUGUGCUAGGGGGGACAGGGAAGUACAAGAAUGCAAGGGGUUUUGCAGAACUGAGAGCUCUUAUCCCACCGGGACAGAUUUCCACUGAUGGUGCAGAGACGCUGCUGAGGAUCACUGUCUAUUUGAAAUACUAAAACUGGGUGCUGUUUGAUCACUGAUGACUGAGAUUGGUCUUGUAUAUUGUCAGUUUGAUACCGUUUGCAGAAUGUAUUUGAAAUCUUAGUUGUGUUCCCAAAAAAAGAGAUAUGCUGAUUUGCUGCUGCUUCUU